AUUUUCUUUGUAAUGGCAACGAUAUAUUCCGGCCACCGCCACCAUCAUCAUCGUAACCCUAUCGACGAUGAAGAUUCCGACAACUUUGAUAGCUAUAACACCAACAACUCCGAUGAAGAUCAUGAACCUAUCAACCCAGAAAAACCCAUCUUAAAACCAACAAUAAUCACAAAAAAACUACAACAAAAACCUCACCAAAAAACGACUCCUGUUGCUGGAAAGUCGAUGCCGGUCAACAUACCGGACUGGUCAAAGAUCCUGAAGGAGUCAGAUCAAUUGAGAUCAGACGAUGAGGAUGAGUGGCUGCUGCCACCACAUGAAUAUUUAGCGAGAAUAAGGGGUAUUUCUUUUUCUGUACAUGAAGGUGUUGGAAGAACACUUAAAGGUAGGGAUUUAAGUAGGCUUAGAAAUGCCAUAUGGAAGCAAACUGGUGUUGAACUAGAUUAACUCUUUUCUAAGGGUUUUCUUUUGUAAG